AUGCAUUGCCAGACACUCCCGUCAGACGUUUUCAACCUGCAUUUCACCUCAGCACCUACUUACUCCUCACAGUCUUAUCGCUUUACCGGCCAAGCAAUGCGUCUGCGGCCCGAAGAGGUAGCCGGCAGCCCCCCGUCGCUAGCCCAUUGCUUCGGACUCGCUCAGGGGCUCUUGAGACAAAGUCUAGACUCAAAUGCGCGACUCAAGCCGGGGAUGGGGGUCGCCGACAUGAUGCUGAUUGCGUACGGAAAUACCGGAGUGAUUUCGGUCACGUUUGUGGUGGGUUUGGAUGAAUCCGACUCGAAACGUGCGGUGACGGAGGGCAGAGUCAUCCCCACACCGUGGCCCAGCUGGUUGGCAGGCGCCGAUUUCUGCCCCAGUGGCUUUUCCAUGCAGGAAGGGUUAGGGGCGUAGCAAACCCGAAGCACAAGAGGUCAUGCGCCGGGACGCUGAUGGUGUACUCUGGUUUCAUGCCGGGGAUGCGGCGGUGCUGGAUGACGCGG